UUUCACAAACUCCUCAAAAAAGAGCAAUCGAAGAUGUGAGCUCCCAAUUAAUAAUUGAUAUUAUUAAGAAAAGACCUAAGCCAACAUUACCUUCUGUCAAUGGACUUGCUGAUUUUCUUGAUCAACCUAUUCCUGAAACUUUGAAAUUACCUCUUUCUCAAGACCAAUUACAAUCUUUUAUUAGCUUUGAAUAUCCAAGUUCAUGUACAGAAAAUGAUCUGAACAUUAUCUUCAGAAUUAGUGAAGAACAAACUUCCUUCUUUUUACUCAAUCAGUUGGUUGGUCAGAUAAUUACAAAAAAUGCCCCUCCAUCUAAUUCAACAGAGGACACCUAUCAUUUAUUUUGGGAUUUAAAUAUCCGGAAUCCUCUUGAACUUCUAAUCCCAGAUGGUAUAUCUGUUCGAAAUACUUCUCAGCAUAUGAGUACUGCUAAUAAACGACCUGAUUAUGAGUUUAUUGUUGGUCAAAUUUGUACAUUUAGAGGAGAAGAAAAACCAGAAAUGAGCAAUGAAGAUCCAAAAGCAGAACUUAGAGAUAAAUUGAUUUGGGCAUAUGGUGCAGCACCAUAUAUUAUGGGAUACUAUGCUGAAGGAACAAAUGUUACAUUUGUUGCCAUUUGCCGACCUUCUUCUGAUUCAAAUAAACCACAAAUCAUCAAUAUUGUGAGUUCAAAUCUAAGGCAUAGAAAUGAACGCAUUAUUAACUUGCGACGAAUGUUCAACUUGGCCCUGCUUCUAGAUCCACUCAAGGAAAUAAUUGGAUGGCGCGGUGCACCUGAACUUCUUCCAAUUGAAAAAGAUGACCAUAUUAUUACUGUGAAUCCCACAAAUGUCAAGAAGGUUUUCAUUGGUUCGAAUUCACAGAUUCAAAUUGAAAAGUUAAAAGUUAUCUAUGAGAAAUUAAAGCAUAAAAAUGUACCAAAUGUUGAUCAUAUUAUUGCUGUAAGUUUGCCUGAUGAAAUAAAUCCUUAUUUGUAUUUGGAACCAAGAGGUAUGUGUGUCUAUUCAAAAACGGAAAAAGAAGUGAUGGAAGCUGUUUUAUGUGUACUUGAGGCACUUAUGAGUAUGCAUGGUAGUGAUCCUAUUUUCCACCGGGACAUCUGUUGGUCUAAUGUUAUUCAAAAAGUAAAUGGAAAUAAACCAUCAAAGUGGUUUCUUAUUGAUUUUGAUGAUGCAAUUUCUCCUCCAACCUUUGCAGCAAUGCAUCUUGCAAAGGAGACUCAUGCACCAGAAGUUUUUCAUGAUGAUCAUGGUGGAGAAGUUGAUGUUUGGGGUGUUGGGCAUUUAAUAGAUUAUGCAGCAAGAUUAUCAGUUGGUCUCUCUGCAGAGAUUAUGGAUGUAGGGAAAUGGAUGCAGAAUGGAACAACAUCUAGACCAACUGCUUGGCAAGCUUAUGAAAGAAUCAAAACACUAGCAAAUUCCAUUGG